AAUCAUUUGAGAGUAAGUGAAAUAUCUUCUCUUAAUCAUAAGUAUACAUACAUACAUAUACAAAUACAUACAUCCAUACAUCAUAUCACAUCAUAUCAAUUACAUACCCGUCCUUCAAUUCGGCUUCCACUCCCAUCCUCGCUCUCCUUCCUUCCUUCCGUUGUGUUGCACGGAGAUAUCUCCGCUUCCAUAACCUUGAAAGUCCCCAUCCGAACAUUCCGAUUUCUUUGGGCGUCGAUUGAGCUGAAAUUGGAGUAAAUAAACUUCAUUGCAACUACCAGUACAGGAUUGAUUAUAUAUGAUUUUUCAUUCAUUGGUAGUUCUUCAAAGCUAUCAAGAUAUCAUUAUACCAUACUACUUCUAUCAUAUCUACUAUAUCGUCUCACAUAUUCAACAAACUUUCUCUGCAGAUUGGCUGAGACUUCGAAUACAUAUCUCUCGAACCUUGCUUAACUUUGACAUACACCCCAAAAAAAAGAUCACGAGACAUCAGUAUUUUAUCUCAACUCAAUUAUAUAUCAAACUUACUUCUACAAUCUAUAUAACUGUCCCUGUAAAGGGACUAUAUAAAUCAUUCCAAAUUCUACUCGAAUAAGGAACAAAAUGAACGCAACAUCCUCUCUCAAUUUCCCACUUCCAACCACCAUUUCUCCAGCAUUCGAAAAAUGGAGUCACGAGACCAUUAGAGCUACUGCUUUCUUUCUCAUACCCACCGAGAUUCUCUAUUUCUCCAUUUAUUUCUUGCUCAAGGGGCAAUAUGGGAAGUACAAGAAAUUAUCGGCGGUAUCUUUAGUUACAUUUUGGUUGAGUAGUUGGAUGAAUCCGAUUUCUUGUGGCCCAGUAGCUGCGCUGAGGAAUUUCGCUGUUGCAAUUGCGACCCUCAGACUCUUGGAUAUAUAUGCUCGACACCGCUCACUUCCUCAACUCAGGAACGAUCCGCCAACAUGGAAACACGCACUUCUUCUCCUGACGGAAAUGCGCUAUGAAUCCUUUACUCCAAAUUUCGUUCGUGUUCCUCGAUCUCAGGAAACUUUCAAUGAACCGUUGCAAUUCGCAAUCCACGGUGCCAUUUUCUGUGCUUUGCAAGCGUUACCACAGGAUUGGGCAUUGGUUCUGGCGUUUGAAGUUCAAUUAAGUAUUUACAUUAUCUGGACAGCCAUUCAGUUAUUAGUAAGGUACAAAGGUAGCCCUGCCCUUUUUGGAAGAUUGUAUGCUGUAGAAAGUUUAGGGGAUUUCUGGUCGAAAACAUGGCACAAUGUAUUUUCCGCCCCCUGUGCCUCUCUCGCCUAUGAUCCCAUUCGUCAGACUCUCCCAAAACUAGGUGUUUCGAUCCCAAUUGCUCGAUCGAUGGGCAUCUUAGCUGCUUUUUCACUAAUGGCCGCUUUUCAUGUAUAUGCUUUAGCUCCUAUGUUAACAGAUAAAGCACUUUUCCGCAUCGGAACAUUUUUUGUGCUGAAUGGCUUUGCGACGGUGGGAGAAGCGAUGGUUUGGGGAAGAAAAGAGAGUUGGGUCAAGACUGGAUUGGCGUGGGUGACGGAAAUGAGUUUAGCAGCCUGGACGGCAGAUGCGUUGGGCAUUCCAAGGGGGGUACAUGGUAUCAAGUGGAGGGACAUUUGUGAGGUGAAGAUUUAGUGGAUUGUUGGGUUGGGGUCGACGGAAGAGUAUCUUGAUGAAAUGAUGAAGUAUCAUCCUUGGAAUUGUCUUUGGAUGAUAAUGCGGUUGGGAUGGAAAAUGCAACGUAAUGAACAUGAAUAACAACACAGAUAUGAAUACGUAAACAUGAUUUUAUAAGUUCCUAACCAUCUUCUCAGCGAUAAAUUUCUUCUCACUGCU